AUGACACGUUCAAAUGACAAAGAAAGAAUUAAAUAUCUAGAUUAUAGCGAAAUACAAACUAUAAUCGAAAUUGGUAAAGGCGAGAAAAGUGUAAUUCGUAACACGGACUGGACCAAACAUAAUAAUAGAGUUGCGCUAAAAAAUCCAUUUGGAAAUGACGUUACGGUUUUGGAAUAUGCAAAUGAAGGGAACCUCAAAAAUUAUUUAAAAAAGCAAUUUAUUACAUUAAGUUGGAGUAAAAAGAUCGAAAUGGCAUUAGAUAUUACCCGAGGAUUGAUGUAUUUGCACUCAGAAAAUAUCAUUCAUCGAAAUCUGCACGCAGAAAAUAUAUUAGUUAAUGAUGGUAAACUAAAGAUUGCAAAUACAUAUCUAUUCGGCGUGUCUGAGCCAAAAUUAUGGUAUACUGAUCCAAAAUAUCUUUUUGAUCCGGUAAAUUGCGAGCUCGAUAUGAAAUCCGAUAUCUAUAGCUUAAGUAUUCUUUUAUGGGAAUUAUCAAGUGGAUGUUCUCCUUAUUCAAAGCUUCAAUUGUCUGACGACAAGUUAAGACAGCAGAUCCUUAACGGUCUAAGAGAGGUGACUGUUGCAAAUACACCUAUAAAAUAUCAACAACUUUACCAAAUUUGUUGGGAAGAAAAUCCCGGUCAAAGGCCAAUUGUUGAAAAUGUUUUCGAAACUUUAAAUCAAUUAAAAUUAGAUAUAGAUAAAGAAAAUGAAUUAUCAACUGAUGAAGAAAUAAUUCAAAAAUUGAAGCUAAAUCAUGGAUUAUUCUUGGAUGAUUAUAACAUAAAACCUAGUAAGAAGACGAUUUAUAACAACGGUGAAUUGGAUAUAAAUUUAUAUGAUGGACAACCUAUAAUAUAUACCAAUAUUAAUGAACCUAAUAAUAAUUUUGAUAUUAAUUUAAAACCUUCAUUUCAACAGAAUGAUAUAUGUAUUAAUUUUCCAUUUGCUGAAAUCACUUUUAAAGGCAAUUUUGUUGAUACUUUUUUAAACAGCAAAGAUGAAGGUGGAAAAUUAAACGAUAAUUAUGGACAUUAUUUUUCAGAAAAAGUUUUAGUUGGUGGUCAAUUAUUUAUUAAAAAUUUUAACACGUCAACCAAAAUACAAAUUGAUCUUUUAAAGAUGCAUUUAAGCUGGGCGUAUAAUUUAGCUAAAGGUGAAAGAAAUCAAUUAUACGACUUUAUUAACUUGCAACUUGUACCUAAACUCGAAACUUCGGAUGGAAAAGAAUUAACAACUACUGAAAAGUUGAUUAAUUGGAUGAAAAAUAUGUACCAAGAAAAUAUGAUCGAUAUAAUUUCUUAUAUUAAUCCUAUUCCUGUUUCUCAAUUAAAAAUGAAUGAAAAUUAUCUUGCAAGUGAUUUAAAUGAAAAAGUAAUAAAAGUUUGUAAUUAUAAAGAAAGGUUGAAUUUAGAAGACUGGAUAAAAGAUUCAAUUUAUGUUGACUUGCCCAGAUGGGUUUAUGAUUUCAAUCUUCUUCAAGGACUGAUCAUUAAUAAAGAUUUAGAAAUAGAGAUUGCCAAAAAAGUCGCCAUUGAUUUAAUCAAAUAUCCUUAUUUAGAAUUAAAAAAUAGUUUUGAUUUAAAACUUAAGAAACCAACAAAUCAAUUUGAAAAAUUUUUGUUGUCUAACAAAGUUUCUUCAAUUAAAAAAGAAAAUUUGCAUAUAUUUAAUAAUAUAUUUAUUACAAAUAAUGAUGAACUGGAACUGAAUGAAGAUAAUGUAGUAGAUUUUCAUUUUAUUAAUUAUAAGCAAUACGAGAUUCUUUUACCUUGGGACAAUAUUAUAUUUUCAAAAGAGUUGACACAGGAUAUAAAAAAAGGAAUUAAAGAUAUGAAACCAUAUAAAGCUUUACAGGACAUAUUUAAUGAAUAUGGUUAUUUAUUUCCACAAAAAAUUGUUUUAGGAAAAUCUUUUAAAUUUACUUCAACGAAAUUUUCCCCUAAAGAAUUUGCAAAAAUACCGAUUGAAUCCGUAAAAUCACAUUUAAAACCUUUUGAUUUAUUAACACGAAAAGGAGAUAAAAUUGAUGAUUUAUCCAAUUUCAUUCAAGGCAACAAGGAUUUGGAAAUUAUUGAGUAUGAUGAUGUCCUUACUUUGUACGACAUACUUCAAGUGGAAUUACAAAAACAAAUCGAUGUUAUUUUUGAAGAUGAUUACAAAAUUAUAAUGGUUGGAAUAGAUGAUUUGGAAGAUUUAAACGAUAAUAAUAUUGAACAUUAUAAGCGUAUAAUUAUUAAUCCGUCAUUAAAUGACCAAAACUAUGAAGUUUUCGGUUCGAUUAUUUCAAAUGAACCAAAAUUGACAAAAUCAAAAGAAUUUUCUGUAAAAUUUAAAUUAAAUGAUUUUAAAGGAUUUACCGCAAUUAUAAAAAAUAUAGAGACUCAGAAUUCUAAAAUUACAAAAAUCUCAGAAUUUCAUAUUUUGUGGAUGAUUAUAGGAAAACCUUCAAAGUUACCAGAAUUGUCAGUAUUUAGUCCUAAAAAUCGAGAAUUUCAAAUCAUUUUUAUUAAUGAAUCGAUUUUAUUGCAACCAGAUAAAUAUUAUUAUGAAAUUAAAACUCCAUUUCAAUUAUCUGAAGGAUAUAUGAUUUCAAUUAACACAUAUCAUCCGCCAAUAAACGAUGAACCUGCAAAUAUAAUUGAAUUCGUCAAAUGGUCAUGUAAUUCCAUUAUCUUUCGCUCUUAUUCAAUUUUAAAAGCUUUAAGUAUGAAUGAAAACGAAGUUGGCAUUGAAUAUGAAGAUAAUCUCUUGAUAGAGAAUUUCUCAAUAGAAUUACAUAUUUGUAUCAUAUUUCCAGAUUCUAAAAAAUUGAAGAUUGAUAAAAAAUAUUCUUUGGACUUUUUGGACUUAGUUGGAAAUAUUUUUACAAAUGAAAAUUUUAUUGAAUAUUCAUUAAAUACUGAAAAAAGAAUUGUAACAAUGGAUAAUAUUGAUUUAAACGUUAUUGUUGAAAAGAUAAUAUCUUAUCUAUUAAAUGAUAAAGAUUUUACAUUUGACGAAAGCAAAAGAAUACAAGUAAUACUUGAAAAUCAUAUCACUAAUGACGGUUUAACUAUAACGGACAUUCUUAAUUGGCUAUUAAAUAAUCAAAAUAAAUUGAAUAAUAUCUUUUUACUUGGAUAUUUUUAUUGCUUUAUAAUUAAAACAAAGGAAGUUUAUAAUAAUGCAUUUGACUUAUUUCAUGAUGCAGCAAGUCAAAGUCAUGAUUUAGCAAAAUAUUAUACCGGAUUUUGUUACUUAAAUGGAAUAGGAACAAAGAAAAAUAGUGUUGAAGCUUUUAAUUAUUUUAAACAAUUAUCGGAAGUAGUCAGAGAAAAUUAUACUGAUGGAUUGGUAAUAUUAGGAUAUUGCUAUAUUAACGGCAUAGGAACUGAAAUUGAUGAGAAAAUGGCAUUUGAAUUUUAUAGACGUGCUGCUAAAAAAGAAAAUGUUUAUGCACAAAAUAAACUUGGAUUAUUAUAUAAAAGUGGUAUUGGAACAAAUAAAGAUUUAAAUGAUGCAAUUUAUUGGAUUAAAAAAUCUGCAGCAAAUAAAAGUAUGGAUGGAAAGAACAUUCUUAAUACAUUAUAUAUAUAUAGUAAAAAUAUGGAAAUAGAUGUGGUAGAUUCAUUUUCUCAGGAAUCGGAAUUACAGUAG